AUGUUAAAAGUGAAGAGGCUGGAGGAAAUCACCACUUGUUACAACAGCAACAGCCUGGAGAAAGCGACCUUUUUUCAGUGCAUGGAAAAGGUUGAGAAGAUGAAGUGUUUUCUAGAAGAAAGUUGUAAUGAACAAAAUUCAAGAUCUGGAAAUAAUGAGGCUAAGGAGAAGGUGUGGUCAUAUCCCAACCUGAAAGAAAUGGCACCUGUCAAAGGCAAGAGGACAUUGGUCCCCACAGAUGACGGCCCGGCUCCUCCCGCACCCUUUCAUCACCGGAUUGUAACAGCCAAAAAGACAGCAGUCAAUAGUCUUUAUACUGUGAGCAGAACAGAAAUUUUAGGAGGGGGACGCUUUGGCCAGGUUCACAAGUGUGAAGAGAAAGCAACAGGUUUAAAGCUGGCGGCCAAGAUAAUCAAGACUAGAGGCCUGAAGGAUAAGGAUGAAGUGAAGAAUGAGAUCACUGUCAUGAACCAGCUGGAUCAUGUGAACCUCAUUCAGCUCUACGAUGCCUUCGAGUCUAAGAAUGACAUCGUCCUGGUCAUGGAGUAUGUGGACGGAGGGGAGCUGUUUGAUCGGAUCAUUGACAACAACUACAAUCUGACUGAGUUGGACACCAUCUUGUUCAUCAAGCAGAUAUGUGAGGGAAUACGACACAUGCAUCAGAUGUACAUUCUUCAUCUGGACCUGAAGCCUGAGAAUAUCCUGUGUGUGAAUCGGGAUACUAAACAAAUAAAAAUUAUUGAUUUUGGAUUGGCCAGAAGAUACAAACCCAGAGAUAAGCUGAAGGUGAACUUUGGAACCCCAGAGUUUCUUGCCCCUGAAGUCGUGAACUAUGAUUUUGUUUCCUUUCCCACUGACAUGUGGAGUGUGGGGGUCAUCGCCUAUAUGCUACUUAGUGGCUUGUCCCCCUUCCUGGGUGAUAAUGAUGCUGAGACCCUGAACAACAUCCUGGCCUGCAGGUGGGACUUAGAGGAGGAAGAAUUUCAAAACAUCUCAGAAGAGGCCAAGGAGUUCAUCUCUAAGCUUCUCGUUAAGGAGAAAAGUUGGCGAAUAAGUGCAAGUGAGGCUCUCAAGCACCCUUGGUUAUCAGACCACAAGCUCCACUCAAGACUCAAAACACAGGAGAAAAAUUGCUGCUCUGAUGCUCAAGAUCUUGUGACCCAAUAG